AUGGGAAUGGCAUACUGCAUUGAGCACAUGCACCAACUGACCCCACCUAUGAUCUACAAGAACCUGCACUCAUCCAUUAUAUAUCUGACUGAAGACUAUAUAGCCAAAAUCUCAUAUUUCAGUUUUUGGAAUGAGGCAACUACUUCCAAGAUGGGAUCCAUGACCAUGGAACUCCUGGAUAUGCGAUCUGGUAUAGAGAGUAACAUAUACAACUUCGGUGUUAAAUUAUUGGAGAUGGUAACAGAUAGACUCCCAUACUCAGUGGACAAUAGCCCACUUAUUGACUGGGCAUUUAGAGGGGAGCAGUCCCUUAAAGAAAUAGUAGAUCCAACUCUGAAAGGUUUCCAAGAAGAGGAACUCAAGAAACUGCUAGAGGUUAUAAGAUCUUGUGUUCAUCUUGACCCAAAGCAGAGACCAACAAUGAGAGAGGUUACUGCUCGAUUGAGAGAAAUUACAGCAACGGGGCCUGAUGGAACAACAUACACCUAA